AUGCUUUCCCUCAAGUCGCUCGCGGUCUGCGCAUUGGUGGCCAUGACCCAGGCGGACACUAUCAAGAUCACGGCACAAAACGACAACACAUUCAACCCAAACUCAGUCACCGCAAAAAAGGGCGAUGUCCUCGAGUUUCACUUCCAGCCUAAGAACCACAGUGUUGUAGCAGGCGACUUCAAGUACCCUUGUUCACCUCUCCCAAUAGGUAGCGGGUUCUUCUCUGGGUUUAUGCAUGUAGAAAGCGGCGAAGCAGACAAGGUUUUCCGCGUGACAGUGAACAACACAGAUCCCUUGGCCUUUUACUCCUCCCAGGGUGAUGAAUGUCCGAAAGGCAUGGUCGGCAUGGUCAAUCCGAACGGCACAGAAACCCUAGAUGACUACAAGAAAAGGGCUGGCGGGUUGGCUAGAGGUGUCACUCCUGGCAAUUCUCCGUAUGGCGGAGAUGUGACUGGAAACAAGUCUCCGAGCCCAAGUGGCAGCAAGAACGAUGACAAGGACAAGGAUGAUAAGAGCGCUGCUGGGGCUCUGCGUGUUUCUCUUUUAGCGCUGGCCACUGCCUGGGGAGCUAUCAUUUUGAGCGCAUAA